GCACGGCCUUCCCACAGGGAACCCACUCUGGCCAGUGGGAAGAACCCAGAAAGAAAGCCUGGGAUCCCUGAGAUCAUCCAAAGAUAGGUGACGUCCGUGCCCCUUAGCACCACCCUGCAGAAAUGCCUCCUCAGCUGCAAAACGGCCUGACCGUCUCAGCCAAAGUCGUCCAGGGCACCCUCGACAGCUUGCCCCGGGCAGUGAGGGACUUCGUGGAGAGCAAUGCCACGCUGUGCCAGCCCGAGUGCAUCCACAUCUGUGAUGGCUCCGAGGAGGAGAACGGGAGACUCCUGGAGGACAUGGAACAGCGGGGCAUCAUUCGGCGGCUGAAGAAAUAUGACAACUGCUGGUUGGCUCUCACAGACCCCAGGGAUGUGGCCAGGAUUGAAAGCAAGACAGUAAUCAUCACCCAAGAACAAAGGGACACGGUUCCCAUCUCGAAAACCGGCGUCAGCCAGCUGGGCCGCUGGAUGUCAGAGGAGGACUUUGAGAAGGCGUUCAAUGCCAGGUUCCCUGGAUGCAUGAAAGGUCGCACCAUGUAUGUCAUCCCAUUCAGCAUGGGGCCACUGGGCUCGCCUCUGUCCAAGAUUGGCGUGGAGCUGACAGAUUCGCCAUACGUGGUGGCCAGCAUGCGCAUCAUGACGCGGAUGGGCACGGCCGUCCUGGACGCGCUGGGCGACGGCGAGUUUGUGAAGUGUCUCCACUCUGUGGGGUGCCCUCUGCCUUUAAAGAAGCCUUUGGUCAACAACUGGGCCUGUAACCCAGAGCUGACCCUCAUUGCACACCUGCCUGACCGCAGAGAGAUCGUGUCCUUUGGCAGCGGGUAUGGCGGGAACUCGCUGCUUGGAAAGAAGUGCUUUGCUCUCAGGAUGGCCAGUCGGCUGGCCAAGGAGGAAGGGUGGCUGGCAGAGCACAUGCUGAUCCUGGGCAUAACCAACCCCGAGGGCCAGAAGAAGUACCUGGCGGCAGCGUUCCCCAGCGCCUGUGGGAAGACCAACCUGGCCAUGAUGAACCCCAGUCUGCCUGGGUGGAAGGUGGAGUGUGUGGGCGACGACAUCGCCUGGAUGAAGUUUGAUGAGCAAGGUAACUUAAGGGCUAUCAACCCAGAAAAUGGCUUUUUCGGUGUCGCCCCGGGAACCUCUGUGAAGACAAAUCCCAAUGCCAUCAAGACCAUCCAGAAGAACACCAUCUUCACCAAUGUGGCAGAGACCAGCGACGGGGGCAUCUAUUGGGAAGGCAUCGAUGAGCCACUGGCCUCGGGCAUCACGAUCACUUCCUGGAAGGAUAAGGCAUGGAGCCCAGAGGAUGGGGAACCUUGUGCCCACCCCAACUCGCGGUUCUGCACUCCAGCCAGCCAGUGCCCCAUCAUCGAUGGUGCCUGGGAGUCUCCGGAAGGUGUGCCCAUCGAAGGCAUUAUCUUUGGAGGCCGCAGACCCACAGGUGUCCCCCUAGUCUACGAAGCUCUGAACUGGCAGCAUGGUGUGUUUGUGGGGGCAGCCAUGAGAUCAGAGGCUACGGCGGCUGCGGAACACAAAGGCAAGAUCAUCAUGCAUGACCCCUUUGCCAUGCGGCCCUUCUUUGGUUAUAACUUCGGCAAAUACCUGGCCCACUGGCUGAGCAUGGCCCAGCGCCCGGCAGCCAAGCUGCCCAAGAUCUUCCAUGUCAACUGGUUCCGGAAGGACAAAGAAGGCAAGUUCCUCUGGCCAGGCUUUGGAGAGAACGCCAGGGUGCUGGAGUGGAUGUUCAACCGCAUCAAUGGAAAAGCAGGUGCCAAGCUCACGCCCAUAGGCUACGUCCCCAAAGAGGAUGCCCUGAACCUGAAGGGCCUGGGGGCCGUCAACCCAACGGAACUCUUCAGCAUCUCCAAGGAGUUCUGGGAGAAGGAGGUGGAAGACAUCGAGAAGUAUUUGGAGGAGCAGGUCAAUGACGACCUCCCCUAUGAAAUUGAGAGGGAGGUCCAUGCCCUGAAGCAAAGAAUAAGUCAGAUGUAGUCAAACCUGAGAGCUUUCCCUUACAAAUCAUCCCCUUUCCAAUCCAUAAGAUGCACUAGGAGAGAGUGAGGGCAAGUUUUCCCAAAUCAACACCACCGAAGACAAGAUCAUCCCCAUCCCACAAGCAGAUCUCAAAGGCACGCUUUAAUUUUUCCAGUAUGAACCACAGAGUACAAACCGGUAGCUACUGAGAUUGGGAA